GAGAAUUUCAGACGUGGCGUUGGGCGAGACCUCGUGGGUUAGAUGUGCAUCGCCACCUAUUCUAUCCAUAAAGGUCAAUACAAUAAGAACGCUUGGAUUCCCACGUCCGUUCUGGAUGUGUUCGCCACUUCAUACAAUACGAAACCGCCGCUUCGCUCCCUACACUCCCUCUCUCUCGACUCUUGGUCGUCUCUGUACCAUACACACUUACGUCUACCUCGCAUUCUUCUUUUUCUUUUCUGCCUAUAUAUUACAUACAUACUCUGAGAUUGCUUCCUCUCAUCGGUACCUCACUCCUUGUAACCGAAAUUAAUUUGGAGUCUUGGGGAGAAUCACUGAAUCUGAAUUUUCAGAAUACCCAAUAGGAGCAACCAUGAUCAGUAGGAGGGCCUGCUUUCGCAAUUUGCUCCAAUCUCUAAGAACGGGUUCCACUGCAUCUAAGCUUAGAUCUUCCAAUUGCUUUACGUCAAGGACUGCACCUUCCUUGCAACCAGUGGUCGAGCUCUCUCCUGAUAGUGAUGAUGAGUACGCUGAUGUGGACUGGGACAACCUGGGAUUUUCUCUAAGACCCACCGAUUACAUGUACAUAACAAAAUGCACCGGGGGUGAUAGUUUUGAAGAAGGCCAUCUUAGUCGCUAUGGAAAUAUAGAGUUGAGCCCUUCUGCUGGUGUGUUAAAUUAUGGGCAGGGGCUGUUUGAAGGCACCAAAGCAUAUAGGAGAGAAAAUGGGCGCCUCUGCCUCUUCCGCCCUGAUCAGAAUGCCAUCCGUAUGCAGGUUGGUGCAGAAAGAAUGUGCAUGCCUUCCCCAUCCAUCCAUCAAUUUGUAGAAGCUGUCAAGCAAACUGCAUUCGCUAACAAGCGCUGGCAGAUUCCUCCUCCAGGAAAAGGGUCACUGUAUAUUAGACCUUUGCUCAUGGGGAGUGGACCCGUAUUGGGUUUAGGCCCAGCACCUGAAUGCACAUUCCUCAUAUAUGCUUCCCCUGUAGGCAACUAUUUCAAGGAGGGUUUGGCACCCUUGAACCUAUUUAUUGACGAUGAGUAUCAUCGUGCAACACGUGGAGGGGCUGGAGGGGUGAAAACCAUUACCAAUUAUUCUCCUGUUUUGAAAGCACUAACUAGAGCAAAGAGCAGAGGGUUCUCUGAUGUGCUAUACCUGGAUUCAGUGUAUAAGAAAAACAUCGAGGAGGUCUCUUCUUGUAACGUCUUCAUUGUGAAGGAUAAUGUUAUUUCAACUCCGGCUACAGGAGGAACCAUUCUUGAAGGAGUGACUCGAAAAAGCAUCAUUGACAUUGCACUUGAUCACGGUUACCAGGUUAAGGAGCAAUGUAUUCCAGUGGAGGAAGUGAUGGAAGCCGAUGAAGUUUUCUGCACCGGAACCGCUGUUGGUGUAGCUGCGGUGGGAAGCAUUACAUAUCAGGGUAAAAGGGUGGAAUACAAAAUGGGUGAUCAGUGUGUGAGUCAGGAACUGUUCUCAACGUAUAUGGAGAUUCAAAAAGGUGAUAUCGAGGACAAGAAAGGCUGGAUUCUGGAGAUUGAUUAAGCUUUAUAUCCACCUCAUCUACACCACUUGUACAUGGUACUGCUAAGAGCAUGGUAUUCCUAAUAAAAUUAAUGUUCACAUCAAA